AUGCCACCUAAGAAACAACCAGAAAAGGGAAGUAAAAGUGGAGGUGCCAAAGGUAGCGGUAGUAAAUCAUGUGGCGACAGUAAAGAAGCAGCAACGAAAGAGAAAAAAGGCGGGACAGCUGUCAAAGUAAGGCACAUCUUGUGUGAAAAACAGUCAAAAUGUUUGGAAGCUUUGGAAAAAUUAAAAGCUGGACAGAAAUUCCCUGAUGUGGCUGCUGCUUAUAGUGAAGAUAAAGCAAGACAAGAAAGAAUAUGUUGCUUGCAAGAACAGUUUGAUAAAGAUUUCUCUAUUUUGCCUGAACGUCAGAGUUCUAAUGAAUCACUAGACUCUAAUAUUGAAAAUUAUGCUAAUAGAGAUUUUAGCCUAAAGCAGAGCUUCUUACGUCUAUAUAGGCUGAUGCAUGUGACAAUACUAUUCACAUUUAUAUAUUUUUGCAACAUCUGCCUCUGGUUCCUGAUGGCUAAAAAAAGCCCAUCCAAAACACUUAAGUAUAGAAUAAAAGUAAUACCCCCAGUU